AUGGCACCUCCCUGGUUAACAGAGUUUGCUACACCGCGCAUCCGCCCCUCGGUGGCGUUGCUAUUGUUUCUAGGAGGGCUUGUCAUCAUUUAUGUAGCCUUUAUACUUAUCUACAAUGUCUUCUUUCAUCCUCUUCGAAAGUUCCCUGGUCCUAAGCUAUGGGCGGCGACGCUGUUUCCUUGGAUCAAGAGCUUUAUAAGCGGAAACAUGCACAAUAAAUCCCUAGAACUGCAUAACAAGUACGGACCGAUCGUACGAACUGGGCCUAACGAGCUCUCGUUUGCUUCUCCAGAAUCUUGGCAGGCAGUCAUGGGCCACCGCAAGCCUGGACAGCCAGAGAACGGGAAGGCGUCUUACUAUGGCGCGAGCAACCCGAACUCUAUGGUCUUCACAGAUCGCGAGAACCAUGCUCGCAUGAGACGAAUUGUAUCCCAUGGAUUUUCAGCUUCCUCGAUGCUUAAACAGCAGCCGGUGAUCAAGUUAUAUGUCGACAAGUUUAUCCAGCAGUUAUACAACAACUGCCAAGAUGGCAAUGCAAAGUUAAACGUUUGCGCUUGGUUUAACCAUGUAACGUUCGACAUCAUCGGUGACUUGUCCUUCGGUGAAUCCUUCGGAUGUCUUGAGACAGGUCGCAUGCACCCUUGGGUCGGUAUGAUCUUUGCCACUGUCAAGGUCAACGCCAUGCGCAUGGCUCUUAGCCGAGUUCAGAUAUUGAGACCUUUCUUGACCCUCAUGAUCCCGUCAGAUUUGAUCAAGAAGGUUAUCGAACACAAGGAACUCACCAAGGAGAAAGUGCGCAAACGCUUGGGUCAGGACCCGAGGCCUGAUUUCUUCCAGGCUAUGGUUUCACCUAAAGGCGACCUGACGAUGAAUAGAGACGAGCUCGAUGCCAAUGUGGAAACUCUCGUUAUCGCCGGUUCUGAGACUACUGCCACCGCAUUGUCUGGCGCCAGCUACCAUCUCACAACGAAUCCUAGAGUCUUGAAAAAGCUGGCCAAUGAAAUUCGAUGCAGUUACACAAGUGAGGACGAGAUCGAUCUACUGACCUCGGCUAAAUUACCAUAUCUCAAUGCUGUGGUGGAGGAGGUGCUGAGGAUGUAUCCACCUGCACCAAAUGCUUUGCCUCGAGAGACGCCACCACAGGGUGAUGUUAUCCUUGGAGAAACAAUCCCCGGCAAUACCGUACUCGGCUGUGCACACUAUGUCAUGUACCACAGCGAAAGCAACUUUAAGCGCGCUAUGGACUUUGUCCCCGAGCGCUUCAUGGGCGAUCCUGAGUUCGAAAAUGAUCGCAGAGAUUGCUUGCAACCGUUUAAUGUCGGCCCGCGUAACUGCCUUGGAAAGAAUCUGGCUUACGCCGAAAUGCGGAUGAUACUUGCCCGGCUAGUGUGGAACUUUGACAUGUCGCUGGAUGAAGAAAGCAAAAAUUGGCUCCACGCCAAAGACCAUCGGGGAUUCUUGGUAUGGGCCAAACCAGAGCUGUAUAUACAUUUCACUCCGAGGAAGAGGGAGUAG